CCGCAUCAUCAUCACUGGGCGGGACCGCGGUGGGUCGAGCUUCGCGCUGCCAGCAGCUGAGCACUUCCGCCGGGGGUCAGGUUUCGCCUCUCUCCGUCAUUCGGCAUUUAAAUUGGGCUGCAGGACAUCAGCUGCUGCCCCACUCCGCUUUGCUGCGUGAUAGAAAAAAAAAUAACGCCUAGCGCCAGCAGAAACAUUUGGCUUUUAAUUUAUUUUUUUUGCCUCGGAAGCAGCAGAAUUACCUGCAGACCCUGAAGAGGUUCGGGUUGUUUUGGAGCAGAAGAGCUGCAGAAGCUGAACAAUAACGGUGGAUGCACACUGACAGACAGCCACAUCAUUUCUGGGACUAACUAUUGGAUCAGACUGAAUAGCGGUAACGGUGCGCUGUGCCAGAGUAGAAUAAAUACGUUUUUCCAAGUGGAGUUUGUUUACUGAUGCAGAUUAGUAAACAACAACAACAAAAACAAACUCAUUCAAAGCAGUGUUGGGUAGCAUUAGUGGCCUGGAGCUGGAAGGACCAAUGAGACCGAUCAGGGAGCGCGUUUGAAUUGUAAUAAAUAGAUAAGCUGUGUAAUUGAUUUUAGUUGUAGCACAAAAUGAAAUAACCUCCAGAUUAUUUCAUCAACUUUAUUCAGUGCAGGUUAAACGUUGACAUUUAAUUUGCUUGAUCACUUUGUGACAUAAAUUAACUUUGCAUAAUAUUUUUGUUAGUAUUGGUUUUGUCCAUUUUUUUUUUUUUAGAUUUUUCUAUACAAAAAACCAGAUCUGUCUUUUUUAUUUUUGGUCAUAUAUUCAAAAACAUCUCCCUACGCUUCAUGUCUGAACCUGCAUGUUAGGAAAAAGCUGAACACGCUGACCUAUCCCGCUGAUCUUCAAGUUAUUUUUUUAAUUAUUUUUGGCUUUCCCCCCUCCACCCUCACCCUAAAAGUUUGUGAAUUAGUCCAACAGUAGGAAAACUGCAGCAAUGUUCAGCUGGCUUGGAACCGAUGACCGGAGGAAGAAGGAGCCAGAAGUUUUUCAGACGGUCAGUGAUGGACUGAAAAAACUCUACAAGACCAAACUCCUGCCGCUGGAGGAGAGCUACAAGUUCCAUGAGUUUCACUCUCCGGCACUGGAGGAUGCUGACUUUGACAACAAACCCAUGGUCCUGCUGGUGGGGCAGUACUCCACUGGAAAGACGAGCUUCAUACGCUACCUGCUGGAGCAGGAUUUUCCCGGAAUGCGGAUUGGCCCAGAGCCCACCACGGAUUCUUUCAUCGCGGUGAUGCACGGCGACACCGAAGGAGUCAUCCCCGGGAACGCUUUGGUGGUCGACCCCAAGAAGCCCUUCAGGAAGCUGAACGCGUUUGGAAACGCUUUCCUGAACAGGUUUGUGUGCGCCCAGCUACCUAACCCUGUGCUGGAAAGCAUUAGUGUGAUUGACACGCCAGGAAUUCUGUCUGGAGAAAAACAGAGAAUAAGUCGGGGCUAUGACUUUGCUGCUGUCCUUGAGUGGUUUGCAGAGCGUGUGGACAGGAUCAUAUUGCUGUUCGAUGCCCACAAACUGGACAUCUCUGACGAGUUCUCGGAAGUGAUAAAGGCCUUAAAGAACCAUGAAGACAAGAUCAGAGUCGUCCUGAACAAGGCGGACCAGAUCGAGACCCAGCAGUUGAUGAGAGUGUACGGUGCCUUGAUGUGGUCACUGGGAAAAAUAGUCAACACACCCGAGGUGAUCCGCGUCUACAUCGGCUCAUUUUGGUCUCACCCGCUGCUGAUCCCUGAUAACAGGAAGCUUUUUGAAGCAGAGGAGAAGGAUUUAUUUAAGGAUAUCCAGUCUUUACCCAGAAAUGCGGCACUUAGAAAACUCAAUGAUUUGAUCAAGAGAGCAAGACUUGCCAAGGUCCACGCCUACAUCAUCAGCUCUCUGAAGAAAGAGAUGCCAUCUGUGUUCGGGAAGGAGAACAAGAAGAAAGAGCUGAUUGCCAGUCUGGGAGACAUUUACAAGCGCAUCGAGAGAGAACAUCAGAUCUCACCUGGAGAUUUCCCUAACCUGAAGAAGAUGCAGGACCAGCUCCAAGGUCAGGACCUCACCAAGUUUCAGCCUCUCAAACCCAAACUUCUGGAGGCAGUUGAUGACAUGCUGGCCACCGACAUUGCUAGCUUGAUGGUGUUGGUUCGCCAAGAGGAAACCCAAAAGCCCAACGCAGUGGUGAAGGGCGGGGCAUUCGACGGCACUCUGGACGGUCCGUUUGGGCACGGAUACGGGGAGGGAGCCGGCGAAGGCAUCGACGAGGCAGAGUGGGUGGUUGCCCGCGACAAACCUGCGUACGACGAGAUUUUCUACACCCUCUCCCCCGUCAACGGAAAGGUGACUGGAGCCAAUGCGAAGAAGGAGAUGGUGAAGUCAAAAUUGCCCAACACAGUGCUGGGAAAGAUCUGGAAGCUGGCAGAUAUCGAUAAGGAUGGGAUGCUGGAUGACGAGGAGUUUGCUUUGGCUAAUCACCUGAUUAAGGUGAAACUGGAGGGACAUGAGCUGCCCUCAGAGCUGCCUGCACACCUGGUGCCUCCUUCCAAGAGGAAAAUACCCGAGUAAAAAAAGGAGAAUAGAUUCAUGCCCAGAGAAAACUGUAACUGGAGGACUUCAACAUAAAAAUGUACAAAAAAAACAAGACAUCAGUCGUCCAGUUCUGUUGUUUCUGUCAUUCCAAUGUCUUCAAAGCAUUACAACUUCCAUCAAAUUGAAACUACUUAAUAUAAACCGAUUUUUGAACAUUCGUACAAUUUGACAAAAUUGCCGCUUUUGUUGAAUUUAGCCUGCAAAUAUUUGAACAGUCCCAGAAAGCUUUUAUUAGAGCCUAACAAAACAGUUAAAACAGUAGAAUAAAAGUAGGCGUCAAAUAUGUAGGUGCAGUCAAUAGAUAAUAAAAUACAACAUAAGCACUGGGAUACAGAAAGUGUAACAAAGGGAAAAUGCUUCAUUUACUCCUUUUUCCUUAGCAAUAUUAUAACAAAGUGAAUUCCAGUAUUUCACAGCACUUGUUCUGUCUGGUACUGUGUUAAUUUGAGUUUUCCAGGCAUGAAUAAAUUUUCUGGUCUAUGUUUAAGGGUGACAUAAAAAUUAAAAAGGUUUCCUGUAAGGCGGAAGAAUACCCAAAAGCAACGAUGGCUAUCACUUCAAUUUGCUGCAGCACCUGGAUUAGCUUUUUUGUUGAAUAAUCAAAAUUUGAAUUAGAGAAUAUGAAUUUAGUUAUUUUUCUUUCUUUUUGUGAUUUGUAAGCUGUUUUGAAUCUCAUUAACAUGUUCUGAUACUGUGACACUAAUAACAAUCUACAUUACGUUUUGUUUGGACAGAGACUGAAUAUUGAAUGUGCAGAUGCUUGUUAUUCCUCCGUAGAUUUGUCUUGGCCAUUGUAUGUAUGUAUGUAUGUAUGUAUGUAUCUGUUUGAAAACGCAUAUCAGUGUUAACAUUUGCAUUUUUAUUUUACAUCUCACAAGCUACUGACUUGGGAAAUUUUCCAGUGAAUGAUUACAAAAAUGGUCCAAUAACAUCCUGAGUGAAGCUAGUAUUUAUCAUUUUGUACAAAGUGUAUUUCAAACCAUUUAAAAAUAUCUCAUGCCAGCAGACUUUACUUUCUGAAUCGUGUAUCUCGCUGAAAGAAACAUACAUUACAGUAUUUCUAACAUUAGCAUAAGCGACGUUUAUAGCUUCUCAUAGUUUCUAAUUGGUCAGUAAUGAAAUGAAAUGACCAUAUUAGAUUCAAUUCCAUUUUAGCCAGAAAUCCUUAAAAGUUGUAAGAAGAGUAAAGGGGUUACAUAAUAACUCAAAGUAAAUAUUCCCACUUCUCUGCUUCUCGGUGUUCUUCAUACCCAUUUGCAGUUUUAAAUCUCAAGUUAUCGUCAUUCUAGCUUUCUUCAAAUCUUUAUCCAAAUCAAGUCUGGACUUUGGCUGAGGUAUUCCAAAACAUUAUUAUAUUACUACAGCUCAGAAGAAACAAGUUGAUGAAAUUAAAAGAUGGCGCUAGCCCUUAAUCUGCAAAGGAAAGGAACUAUGAACAAUUUUUGCCUCAACUGUGCAAACAAAGCAUAACAGCAUUCCAUCAACUUAUUGUUGGAAAGGUUUGGACCUGAUUGGCUGUGCAGUUUUUCUUUUCUUUUUUUUUUUUUAGUCCUGAUUUCUUAAUUAAUCAUGCUACCAAGAUAACAGCAUGUUGCUUCCUGAGAUGUUUGUGCUGCAACUACAGAAAUACUCUAUUAAUCUACUAGUGACUGGUUUUAUGAAGAAACUCUAACCACAUCAUUUACACUAUAGUUUCAGAUGGCUGGAAAGUAAUCAGCAGCAUGCUUUUCUCAUUACAUCCCUGUAUGUCAUCAGAUAAAUGCAUUCAUUUGAAUAUGGGAAAAGUGUUUGUUGAAUGUGGAUUGCAAAACCCUUCAGUGGUUUUCAUGUGUCUGUGGGUUGCAACAUGAAAUAAGUGGCGUCACUGGUGUUUUCAGUGUGUUUUCUGUUUGUCGGAUGAUGAUGCAUUGCUUCAGUGUGUACCUCACUGCUUUUCUGUCUUCAGAAAAAGUUUGAACAUGGAAUAAAAAUCAUCUUCAACUGCUUCA